CGAUGGAAAUCCUCGGGAACCUCCGGUCAUUAAGCAUAAAUUGCUAUGUGAGGGAUGUGGCAAAUCUUGGCAAGCUCAAAGCACUGCAGAUUCUUAGCUUCGAUGGGUCUAUAAUUUCUAGACUGCCUAAAGAAAUCGGGAAACUAACAAAUCUAAGAUCGUUGAAUCUGAACCACUGCUACUGGCUUAAGAUAAUCGAGCCUGGAGCCCUAGAAGGCUUAAUCAACUUGGAAGAGUUACAUAUGAAGAAUAGCUUUGAUGGGUGGAUGGGCAAGCAUGAAAUACCGUCGGAAUCGUGUGUUGUUGGGCUUGCUGAGUUGAAGAGCCUGACAAAGCUGGCAUCUUUGGAAAUAUCAAUUCCUGAUCCCAUCAUACUCUUAGAGGAUGGUGACCUACCAUUUGAGAACCUGCACAAAUUUUGGAUCAACAUAGGAUAUUUGGGGUUUCGGAUGGAGAGGGAAUAUGAAUGUUUGACAACCAUGAGGCUCGAUCUGAAAGGGGUGGAAGGGUGCAAUAGUAUUCUUUCAAGAAAAUGGGUUAAGAAAAAUCUGCAGAAGACUCAAUGCUUAUAUUUAGGAGGGUUGAGUGAGUUCAAAGAGAGCGCUCACGAAUUGUGCACCCAAGGAUUCCAAGAAGUGAAGUAUCUCAGCAUUACAAAAAGCCCCUUAAUCAAGUACAUUGCUUAUUCAUCCAAUGCCGAUCCAUCCAAUGGCCUUCCUCUCAUUGCUUUUGGGAAGUUAGAGUCUUUUUACCUUCAAAAUCUUAUUAAUUUGGAGAAGAUAUGCCAUGGACCCAUUGCGCCAGAGUGCUUCAACAAAUUGAAAGUUAUGAGAGUAACUUGGUGCAAACGAUUGAAAUACUUGUGGCGUCUUUCAGAUAUGCAAAGACUUGUACAAUUGGAAGAGAUUUCAUUGUGGGAAUGUGAAUCAUUGCAAUCCAUUGUCACACAUGAUGCCGGAGAAGAUAUAGUUUAUACCAAUAACAAAGUUGAGUUGCCUACUGUACGUCGUCUGGGAUUGAUUGACUUACCAAAUAUGACAAGCUUUUGUACCAAAGCUGAAAUCACAUCAAAGGAUAUUCCAAUCCAGGUUUCAUUGCCUUGCUUGGAAUCCCUGGUGAUGUUUGGACUCCUUGGCCUAGAAAAGAUACUCUAUAGUGAACCUUCAUUAAAAUACAGUAAUCUGAAAUCACUAGAGAUAAAGGAGUCUACAUCCACGUCGAUUAUUCUAAAGGAUUGGAUACUGAAGUUCCCGAAUUUGGAGUCAAUGAAAAUUGCGUGCACUCCAUAUGUAGAAGUUGUUUUCAACCUAGAGGAGCUAAAAGUCAUCAAAGAAGUGGAGAUUCUCUCUCGGCUAAGUACAUUGGAAUUAUCUAAGUUACCAAACCUGCGGCACAUGUGGAAACAAAAUGUACAACUACAAGGAAUAUCGAUACUUCAGAACUUGAAAAAGCUCUUUAUCAACAAUACAGGACUCUCAUUUCUCUUUCCACUGUCUGUGGCUAAAUGUCUUAGAGAAAUUAGAGACAUUAAAGUGGAGGAUUGUCCGAAUAUGAAGGCGGUGAUUGUUGAUGAAGAAGGAAGAGAUGAUGGGAUAGAUGAUAUUAUAGAGUUCCCAUUAUUGGAGCGACUAUCUAUAAGCCACUGUCCCACGGAGAAAUUCUUCUCAUAUCCUCAUGGACAAAAAGAGUCAAUAACCACUACUUCAAAUUCACAAGAUACUUAUUCGGAUUCUUUCUUUGAUCAAAAGAUAAGUUUACCAAACUUGGAGAAGUUAAUACUCGACUCGCUAGGAUCCUCUCGCCGUGGCUGUGGGCUCGGCCUCGCCAUUGUUGGGCGAGGCAUAUGGCAUAGUGAGCUUCCCAAAAGUUCUUCCGACAAAUUAGCCAACCUCACCCCGAAACAAGAUUUGCAAUCACAAGGAACAUCAAUAUUUCGGAAUCUGAAGGUGCUCUCUAUCAAAAAUACAGGGCUAUCAUUUCUCUUUUCAGUGUCUGUGGCUAAAUGUCUUAGGGAAAUUAGAGAGAUUGAAGUGGAGGAUUGUCUGAAUAUGAAUGCGGUGAUUGUUGAUGAAGAAGGAAGAGAUGAUGGGAUAGAUGAUAUUUUAGAGUUCCCAUUAUUGGAGCGACUAUCUAUAAGCCGCUGUCCCACGGAGAAAUUCUUCUCAUACCCUCAUGGAAAAAAAGAGUCAAUAACCACUACUUCAGAUUCACAAGAUACUUAUUCGGAUUCUUUCUUAGAUCAAAAGAUAAGUUUACCAAACUUGGAGAAGUUAAUACUCGACUCGCUAGGAUCCUCUCGCCAUGGCUGUGGGCUCGGCCUCACCAUUGUUGGGCGAGGCAUAUGGCACAGGCUAUCAUUUCUCCUUUCGGUGUCUGUGGCUAAAUGUCUUAAGGAAAUUAGAGAGAUUGAAGUGGAGGAUUGUCUGAAUAUGAAUGCGGUGAUUGUUGAUGAAGAAGGAAGAGAUGAUGGGAUAGAUGAUAUUAUAGAGUUCCCAUUAUUGGAGCGACUAUCUAUAAGCCGUUGUCCCACGGAGAAAUUCUUCUCAUAUCCUCAUGGAAAAAAAGAGUCAAUAACCACUACUUCAGAUUCACAAGAUACUUAUUCGGAUUCUUUCUUAGAUCAAAAGCUACACUUGUUAGAGUAA